AUGAGCGGAACCUCCAACGUUGGUCAGAGCUCGGUAUACGAGGCUGGUGAUCAGAGAAACGUCCCUCAAUCAGAAAUCGAGCAGCAAAAGAAAGAUGAUAGAUUCCACGAGGGAAAGGAGCAUAGCCACAAGGCCAAUGACUCAAAGGAUGAGAGAACCAUUGCCAACAAGCUCGAGCGUGAAUCCAAGCGAGAGCAAGAGGGAGAGGAGGAUACCAAAGAGGUUGCAGCAUUGAAGAAAGACCCAACUCUCCCUGCUAAAAUGCACGGUAACGAGCCAUCCAAGGGUGCAAAGGUCGACGCCGAGCUUCAAAGGGAGGAGGAGGAAGAGUUAAAGAGAAAAGGCAAAGCUUAG